AAACGUCAAGUACAAAAGAUUAUGAGAACCAUCGUUUUGAGGUUGAGAGAGAAAAUCACAGCUCUUGAAAGUUUCCAAAGAGUGGCGCCGUUGGAUGUUGAACUUCUUGGAGAGCUCAGAACUUUUGAAAUCAACAACAAUUAUGACAAAGUCACAAGUAAGGGCUUAGCUCUCAAAGCUGCUGUAGUCGAGGAAAGAGAAGAAAGCAAUGACGAUGAAGGUCCGUUGGCAGAUGAUAGUGAGCUGAAAGAAGCACUAGCUUUAAUCGCGCGAAACUAUGGGAAGAUGAGUCAAAGGCUGUACAAGAACAAAUUUGCUGGAAAAAAGGGGAACAAUUUCAACAAGAAUGUGGUGCAGGACAAGAAAACUAGUAUGCCACUCUUAAAAUCCGAUUCACAACGAGUCGAGAAGGAUCAAUGCAGGGAGUGUCGAGGCUUUGGACACUUCCAGUAUAUGUGUGCUAAUCUUAAGGAGAAGAAUAAGUCACUGAAGGCAACCUGGGAAGAUUCAGAUGAAGAAGGCACAGACGAACCUUCGUUACACACAAGCAACCUGGCAGUUCAUACCUCAGUCAAGAAGUUAAUGUGUCUCACCACUUCUCAUGCUCCGACCAAGUUUGAAGAAAGUUUGAAAGAAACUAAAGCUUCUGAGGAUGAAGCGAAUCAAAAUGUGUGUGUAGAUCCAGUUCACUUACUUGCUAUGGAAAAAUGUGCUCAAGCAUCUGAAGCACUACAGAAGCUUCAAAAUGAAGUGUUUAGACUUUCAAGAGCAAACAGGGUGCUGAACGAACAUGCAUCCGCCUCCACUGCUACUACUGACCGACUAUUCUCUACUCAGCAACUUCUUGCCGAGCGGAACCAGGAAAUCAUACUACUGAAAAAUGAAGCUGUUCGGCUAAUGAACGGACAUGCUAGCAUGGAAAGCAAACUGAAGACAAAUUUUGCUGAGUUGAACCGAACUGUAGAAGUUAUUCAAAAACUGAACAAGGGAAAAGCAUAUCUGAAUAAACUCCUUUCCUUGGGAAGACAACAUGGUGAUCUUACUGGAAUAGGGUACACUGGUAGGGAAGACAUUCCUGUGUCCUCAACUGGAACUUCAAAUACAAAACAUACUGGUCUUGCAUUUGGGGACAAACUUGGAGUUGGAGGUAUGAACCUCCAUGGGAGACCUUCCAAAAACGUGUUUGACAGGUUUGUAAAAAGCACUGUAAGUAAUCCUCUAUCUCCACCAUCUCCCUUGAAGGUUCAUUCUCCCAUGCAAAAAUCUGUUAAUAAAAUCACCAUAAUUUUGUUCCUAUCUGUCAUUACUGUG